AUGCUGAUAAUACUCAAGAAUAUGGCAUUUUCACGGAUGGUAUCACGUAUGCCACUAAAUGGUGGAAUUAGCAACUUUGCCCGACCAAUGGGAUAUUUUCAUAGACCUCUUUCAGGAUCUUCUAUAUUUUCAAGGAUAAUGACGUCUCAGAGAGUUAAGAGUGAAUGGCGUUCUGUAUGUGGAGUUAAGCAUCAAGCUUUUUUUAGUACGAUAGGAAGCAUUCAAAACCAGCAUAAAGAUAAGAGUGAAAAAAAUAAUUCAAAGAUAACGAAGGCUGCAUUACUUUCACAAGCUUCGAACCGGUUUUCAAAGUUUUUGAUUCAUAUAAAAUGGCCACUCAUGAGAAAUAACCGGCCAUUUACCAUGGAUGAUUUUACAGCCUUUUUCUCGUGGUUAGUGAUGGGUAAUGUACUAUGGAUUAUUUUAGGAACUACAACGUUCGGAUUGGUAACUAUGUAUUCGAUUCAUACGUUUGAUAAUAUCCGUAACUCUAUCAAAGCAUAUUACACAGGUGACGACGAGGACAAUAGUGGUAACGGUGACAGAAAGCAUUCUGACGACAGCAUAUUAGGUUAUAUUACCAGCAGCAUUUUAUCCAAUGGAUUGGGAGUUAUUAUUGAGUUUAAGAAAGGAAAUGUCCUUCCAGAAUUAAAGGAUGGUAUGUUAAGGUUCAAGAAAUUUAAUGUCUACUCAAUACAUACCUCAUCAGAAGCAGGCGAAGAUGAAGGCAAAUUAGAAGAAAAGACGGCAUUGAAAUUCAAAGCAAAUGUAGAGACCAUGGAUAUUUCAUUGUCAUUUGGAAAAUGGUACGAAGGCAAGGGAUUAAUAAAUGAGCUUGAAAUAUAUGGUAUUAAUGGUAAGGUUUAUAAAAGUAGCGAGGACCAUCAGGAUGCUUCUGUCGAAGAAUAUUUACCUUUUUCUGCUGGAAGAUAUAACGAAAAUCUCCAUUUCCAGUAUGACAUGAACGACCAUAACGCCGAGGAAUUGGAAUUGGUAAAACAGAAACGAAAGAACAUUUUGAUGGAAUCUAACUAUGAGAUUUCGCAUGUCAAGAUUCAUGAUUCCUAUGUUGAAAUAAUCGAUGUUUCUAAUAAAAACCCCUUAAAGAUUUCUAUAUUCAACUGUGACUUGCCACAACUAAGGGGAAAUCGUUUAUUAAUUGACUUUUUCAAUGCCAAUAAUGUUACCGGUGCAAUUAAUGAUUCCAUGUUCACUAUUCACAAACGUCAAGAAUUUAAUAAUCCAACCAAUGAUAAUAAGAUCGUGAGGUUCAAGUUAGACGGCAUCAAUAUGGAAACUAUUUCUCAUAGUCAAAAACUGAAAUUUAACUGGAUUGUUAACGGAAAAGCAGAAAUAAUUGCUGAUAUAAGGUUACCUUCAGUCAACCAAGAAUCGGAAAAUAGCUUUACACUUGGGAAUGAAUAUAAGAAGAUUUCUGAUAUCUGUUCUGAAAUAUUCGAUGAGUUGAUUGAUGUGACUAGCCCAUCUUCCCCGGAAAAGUUACCUUCAACUGAAAAGAACGAUAAUGAUAACACUCUAUUGAAGAGUGCCUUGGCAGCUAUCUAUCAAACUUUCUCCCCAAGCAGUAGUGAAUCGAAGAAAUCUUACAACACCACAGAUUCUUCAUCAGAAUAUGUUAUUGUAAAUUUUAAGGUUAAAUUUUAUAAUUUGAAAGCAUCUUUGCCCCAACAUUUGCCAAUGGCGUUGUCAAGCUCGCUCCCAUUUAUCAGUUUACAAGAUUUACGGUCGUUGAUUGCUUAUGUGAAUGACAAUGCAUCGAACAAACCAAUAAUAAUUAAAACAACUGUUAUUGAAAAGCUAUCCGAUUUGUACAACAUAGAAAAUUUGAGCCAAACCAAAAUCGUCGAUGAAAUUGUGAGUGAUGUAUACGAUAAUUUAUUAAAGAUUGUCAAAUUAGAUGAGAAAAGGAUUAUUAAUGAAAAGUCGUCAUCGUGGUCUCACACGGUUGCUAGUCAGCUAUUAUUAUUAGGAUUGGGAGUUCUCGCAUAA